GAGCAUCCAUCUAGGCAUUUGUUGUCAGAUUCUGCCUUGUUUUCAAGACUGAAGGCCCCAUCCUCCGACAGAGAUAUCGACCUUCUUAUAUCCAAAGAUCAUUUCUCCAGCAGUGUGUCUGCAACUCUAUCUCCAAUUUCAGAGCCCAUAACUCGCCCCUUUGGUGACUCAGAAAUUAUGACAAGCAUUGAGGAUAUUGCAGAAGAGGCGGAAGAUCUUUCACUCAUCGCAGAGCAUGCAAAUGCUUUGAUUAUUGAAAGCUUUACAAGUGAAGAUGAUUCUUACGAUAAAACGCCUUGUCUAGUAAAGCCCCAAUUGUUUCGCACCAUUAGCAAUGCAAACGAUAGGCUGAACAAAAAUGUUUUGGAUGAUGCCAGUCUACAGAACGCACAAACCUUGAGUAAUGACCUGAAAAUGAUCCAAAAGAAGGAUAAUAGUCAUAUUCGCAGAUUGAGUUUUAAGAAUUUAAGAUCAACUGACAAAGAUUCAACCGAAGAUGACAGUAGUAGGUUUGAUGAAGCCUUUAGCAACAGAAAGGUUUGGCUCGAAAGAAAUUCCAACGAAGAGAAAGAUAAAUUAACUGAUGAGGACAAUACAGAGGAAAAAGAAUCUCCACAUCAAUUUUUCUCUUUAUAUAGCCUGGACUCCAAGGCAGCGGAGCAAGUUGAUUCGGCUUGUGACAUUUUUGACUUUGCAGGUGCCAUAAGUUCAGCGGAGUCUGGUUCAAAAGAGUCCCAAUAUUUCUCUCCGGUUUUCGGCGAUCCGAAUAUGAAAAAUUCAGGAUUAGAAAAAAACAGGAUUUUGAAUAAAUCAGGUUUGGAUAAAUUAGAUUUAUUUGAAACACAGUGGCCGACGUUAGAACAGGUAAACUCUAAAAGAUAUCAACUUGCAGAGGGCUCCAAGAGUAAAAACAGUUGUGUGGAGGAUGCAGAGGCAAAGAGAUCUGCUGUUUCCCUCUUCCAUGCAUUUCACAGCAAUGAUAGCCGGAAUACAGCUUUUCCUGACUUAAAAAGGGCUGAAAUGUAUCAAAAUAAUUCAAAAGAAGAGAGUAUGAAUUGGUGCCUGCCAUCUAGUCAAGAGGCAAGGCAUAUUCUUUAUGAAUAUUCUAUUAUAAUGAAUAAGAGUUUUAGCAUAUACAUUAAAUAUACAAAGUUUUCUUCAUAUAACUGUCCUAAUAUCUAA